AACACUAGAGUAGUUAUAGAAACUCAAGUAGAAAAAGAGAUUGUUAUGGGUAAUGAGGUAGAUUCAAAUAAUCCAAUGUAUAAAGAUUCGUUUGAAUCGUUUAAAAGUUUUCAAGAGGGAAAAAAAGAAAAUAUUAAUGUCGAUCAACAGGAGCUACCAUCAAUAAAAAACCACAAUCAAGAAAUUUUAGAUUACAAUCAAGAUAGAUUUAAUUUUAAAAAAAUAAAACCAAUGAGGGGUGAUAUAGUGUUGUUUAUCUCAUCAGAUACAGGCGACUCAACAAUGGGUUAUUUAGAAGAGUCUAAAGAUGGCAUUUAUUCAACUAAAUUAAAGAACUAUUUGGAACCAGCAAUUCUUACCGAUGGUAAAAUACAGAUGAUACUCCCAACAUCAUACUUAAGAGAUAACGUUAGCGGAUUAGUGCAAGGCCUAAUGGACUCUUUAGUGGAAUUAUCAAAGUUUUACAAUAUUCAAAUAUCAGAACUAAAUAAAAUUAAAAUAAAACUAUUUAAAGAGAAUAUUAACUUUUUAAUAAACUCAACAAAAAUGUAUAAAACUCUCGACGAAAAGGAAGCUGCCGGCGUAAAAGUUCUCAGCCAUUUUACAAAUCUCAACAAGAAUCCAUAUAGUGCAUUAAUCGAAAUAUUGGAUAUUUUUAAUCAACUAUUUGUACACAAGAGCGAUCAUUUCAAAGUUUUAUCACAAAUUUUAUAUAGAGAGUUUUCAGAAAGAACUAAAGUUAACUCUGUUGACAAAGAUGGUAAUUUAUGGACUAAUAAUCAAAAUAGAUUCGAAUCUGUAGAAAUUAAAGAAGCUAUAAAAUACCUUUUUUCAAAACCAGUCAACAGCAGUGGCGAAAGUAAAAAGUUUUCAAGUCUUUUUUGGAGCGAUGCAAUUCACUCCUUUUUUACCAUCAAGGCAAUUCAAUACUUUGACUGUUUCGAAAUGGAAAGAGAAUCAUUCUAUUGUUUCACCAAAGAUUAUUUAGAUGGAUAUAAAAAAGAAAUUGAUUACCUUUUAGAUCCAGAUAAUCAAACCGACCUCAAAAUAUUUUUAAAAUACUCACUAAAAAUUUUAAAUAACACUUUGAAUGAUAGUAAUUGGAAACCAAAUUUAAUAAUUUUACAUGAUGCAAAGAUUCCAAAUUAUAAUCCAAAUAAAGAAAAUGAAAAAUUAGAAAGAUCAUUUAGAAUUUUUAUAAAAUUAUUAAAAAGAUGUUUGGUUUCAUUUAAUGAAAAGGAAAAUAGUGGUAUCAUUAAGAGGAAUAUUUGUUCACUUCUUAGAAUCGACAAUGCAAAUCAAUUAAAGUUUUUAUUGGUUGGUCUUAAAGAAUCUCAACAACACGAUAUCAUAUUGGACCUAAAAGAAAGAAUCAAUGGAAAUAAAUUUAUUGAAUUACCAAAACAAAAAUUAAUGAAAAUGAUUGAGAGCGAUAGGUCAUCAAGUAAUACAAGUUUAUUAGAUUUUGGUAAUAGUAGAAAGACUAUAGAUUCAAAAUCAUAUACAAUUGAUUCAAUUACAACAAAGGAUGUCGAUGAUGCAGUUGGCAUUAUUAAAGAGGAAAAUGGUGAUUAUAUAGUUGUGGUUCAUAUAUCUGAUGUUACAGAUUCCGUUAAACCCUUUAGUCAGUUAUACGAAUGGGCAAAAUAUCAAUCAUCAUCCAUUUAUUUACCAAACUCAACUCAUUUUAUGUUACCAAAUUUCAUCAGUGAUCAAAGUAGUUUAGAACCAAAUAAAGAAAACAGAUGUCUAUCCUAUCAAUUUAGAGUUAAUGAAAAAGGACAAAUUACAGAUUAUUCAAUUUUCCCAUCACUUGUAAAAAAUAUUGUAAAAACAAAUUAUGACAAAGUUACCAACUCUAUAAAUUCUUUUAAUGGCAUCAAUAGUGGCUCUAGCGAUAUUCAUUCGAAUGAAGAAACCGAAGAGUUAAAUCAAUUAUUUAAAAUUGCAUCAAAAUUAAAGAAAAAUAGAGAACUAAAAGGUGUUUCAAUUGUUAAUCUACCAAAAUCUAAAGUUGUAUAUAAUGAAGAGGCUAAAAAAUAUGAACUCGCCGAAGAGGAUAGUGGCACCUUAUCCCAUACUUUAGUAUCAGAACUUAUGAUUGCCACCAAUUGGAUAUCAUCAGAUUUUUGCAUUAAAAAUAAUUUACCAAUUCCAUUUAGAGGACAAAGUGAACCAGACUUUAAUGCAAACUUGGAACAUCUAUCAAAACUUCAUCCAAUUGCAGGAUCUCAUUUAUUAUUAAGACAAUUUAAAAAGGGUGUUUUGGAUCAUAAUAAUAUAGGUCAUUAUUCAUUAGGUUUAAAUAGUUAUACAUGGUCAACUUCACCAAUUCGUCGUUUCUCAGAUAUGUUGGUUCACACACAAAUUAAAAACUAUCUUUUAGAAAAGCAGCCACUACUCAACACUGAAUAUUUAGAAAGAACAUUACCAUAUGUACAAAAGAAUUUAGAAUCAAUUAAAGAUUUCCAAAGAAAAUAUGAAAAAGAAAUUUUAAAUAGAAUUUUAAAGAUGCAAGGUUUCAAUAAAUUAUAUCGUGCAGUUAAAUUAUCAAAAACAACAUUUGGUAAUAAAUCGGUUGUCAAAUUUUUACUAUUGGACCAUGGUUUAUUAAGUAUAACACUUCAAGUAGACAAUUACCAAGGAGAACUAGACGAUAAAAUUUAUUUAUUAGAAGCCAAACCCAAUCAUAGAAAUAUAUUUAGAUUUGAAAUUGUAAAAGAACAAUAA